GUCAGAGAAGAGACAGGCAAAGAAGGCAAGGGCAGAAGAGACAGGUGCAAAAGAGACAGUCAUAGAAAGUAUAGGUGCAAGAGACAGGUGCUAAACAGACAGACAAGAAGAGACAAUUAAAAAAGAAGACAGGUGCAGAAUAGACAAGCACAGAUGUGAAAGAAUAGAGACAGAUGCAGAUGAGACAGCAAGAUAAGAGACAGGCAUAGAAGAGACAGACUGCUGACAAUUCUGACCGCCGUGUUCAGCGACAACUCCUCUGGUGACAUGUCGGGAGUGAUUGUGACUCGCAAGGCGGAAGGCUCAGCAUUAGACUUCUGGCUGUCUCUUCUAUCAGGUCAUGCAGAGACAGUCCGGACUCUGCUGGAGCAGUCGGGGGACAUAAUUCACCCCAACUCUGUGUUUGAUACGAGUGAUGUGGAUGAAUGGAGGAACUAUCGCUACAAUCCUACAGCCUUGAGGAUCUGGUCUCUGACAUACGAAGAAGAAUACACCUGCCCUCUCUACGUGACGGCGACUCGUGGCUACACCCAGUGCCUCCAGCUCCUCCUCAAGAAGGGGGCAGACGUGGACUUUGCUCCUGGUGGAGAAAGCGCCCUCCAUGGGGCCUGUGAGAACGGCCACGAUGAAUGUGUGAGGCUCCUCCUGAGAAACGGGGCCAACCCCAACAUCCAGUCCCAAGAUGGCUUCUUCCCGCUCCACCACUGCAAGACAGCGGAGACCUAUCUCUCCGCCCCUGCUGUGAUCAGCUCCGCCCCUGCUGUGAUCAGCUCCGCCCCUGCUGUGAUCACGUGCUUCUUCCUCCAGUCCUCUUCCGAUCUGCUGGAGAUCCUAUGA